CUGGACAGUCCGGAGAGAGAAGUGCUGCUGUCGGACGGCCCGUCGCCCGCCAUCACCCCGAUCACACCGCCCACCUCCGUCAUCACCCCUCGCAUCGGCCACGCACACGACGACAUGUUCACUCACUCCUCCUUCGACGAGAUUGAAGAAGAUGAAAGUGGCGAUUCAUUCGACAUGCACAUAUCAGUGUCUGACCCCGAGAAAGUCGGUGACGGGAUGAACGCUUACAUGGCCUAUAAAGUGACCAUCAAGACGUCCAUGACCAUUUUCCAGCUUCAUGAGUUUUCAGUAAAAAGGCGUUUCAGUGACUUUCUGGGUCUGCACAGUAAACUGGCCUCUAAGUAUCUGCACAUAGGUUACAUCGUCCCGCCUGCACCGGAGAAAAGCAUCGUGGGAAUGACGAAGGUGAAAGUCGGGAAGGAAGAUCAGUCAUCUAACGACUUCGUGGAGAAGAGGAGGCUGGCGUUGGAGAGGUACUUGAUGAGAACAGUGAAGCAUCCCGUCCUGCUGAAGGAUCCUGAUGUCCUGCAGUUUCUGGAGAGCUCAGAGUUGCCGCGAGCCGUCAGCACUCAGGCUCUGAGCAGCGCCGGACUUCUGCGGAUGGUCAACAAGGCCGCCGACGCCGUCAACAAGAUGACCAUCAAGAUGAACGAGUCCGACGCCUGGUUCGAGGAGAAGCAGCAGCACUUUGAGAACCUCGACGUCCAACUGAGGAAACUUCACGCCAGCGUCGAGUCUUUGGUCUGUCACAGGAAAGAGCUGUCGGUGAACACGGCUCAGUUCGCUAAGUCGGCGGCCAUGUUGGGGAACAGCGAGGAUCACACGGCUCUGUCUCGAGCUUUGUCUCAGCUGGCCGAGGUGGAGGAGAAGAUCGACCAGCUGCACCAGGAUCAGUCCAACGCUGACUUCUACCUGUUCUCUGAGCUGCUGGGAGACUACGUCCGCCUCAUCACCGCCGUCAAGGGAGUGUUUGACCACCGUAUGAAGACGUGGCAGAAGUGGCAGGACAGUCAACUGCUGCUGCAGAAGAAACGAGAAGCUGAAGCUAAACUUCAGACCAACAAACCCGACAAGCUGCAGCAGGCCAGGGACGAGAUCAAAGAGCUGGAGGGGAAAGUCCAUCAGGGCGAAAGAGAAUUUGAACAAAUCUCCAAAACUAUCCGCAAAGAAGUCAGCAGGUUUGAGAAAGAACGAGUGAAGGACUUUAAAACGAUCAUCAUCAAAUACCUGGAGUCUCUGGUUCAGACACAACAGCAGAUGAUUAAAUAUUGGGAGGCGUUCUUACCCGAGGCGAAGGCCAUCUCAUAGAGUCCACACACACACAUACAGACAGUCCUGACUGGCUCCGGUCAAACUACACUACCCAUAAUGCACCUGUGGUCCUGCUGGGUCAACCUUUGCCUCCUCCUGCUGAAGAAGAAGAAGAAGAAGAAGAAGGAGUGAAGGAGUGAAUCAGCUUCUUGGUUUUUUUGCUAGUUUCAUUUUUUUAAUUCUCAGCUCAUCAUCUGGUUUUGAUGUUUCUCGUGUUGCGUUCAGGUCCGACGCCGUUAAUCAUCAACC